UUCUAAUAGUUUCUAAUAGUUCUUCUAUUCCUUCCUUUUUUUCUUUAACUCUGCCCUUUUCUCCAUCCAGCAUAGUUUUGUUUGAUACAUUUGUAAACAUCCUUGCCCACAAUCUUGGUGAACCAGCUUAUGAAGCAGACGUUGCCCAGUUGGAAUACAAGUUGGUAGCUGGAGAGCAUGGCUUAGUCAUUCGAGUGAAAGGAUUCAAUCAUAAACUACCUCUUUUGUUUCAGCUCAUCAUUGAUUACUUGUCUGACUUCAGCUUUACUCCAGCAGUUUUUGAAAUGAUAACAGAGCAGCUGAAGAAAACAUACUUCAACAUCCUCAUCAAACCUGAGACUCUGGCCAAGGAUGUGCGGCUCCUGAUUUUAGAACACGGCAGGUGGUCCAUGAUAGAUAAAUACCAGACACUGAUGAACGGCCUUUCCAUUGAGUCACUCUCGUCCUUUGUUAAGGCUUUCAAAUCACAGCUCUUUGUAGAGGGUCUUGUGCAAGGAAACUUCACGAGCAGAGAAGCAAAGGAUUUUCUGAAUUACGUUGUUCAAAAACUCCAGUUCGCUCCCCUGGCCCAUCCCUGCCCUGUUCAAUUCCGGGUGGUGGAUUUACCAAAUACACAUCUGCUCUGCAAGGUGAAAACUCUCAACAAAGGUGAUGCCAACUCUGACGUGACAGUCUAUUACCAGUCAGGUGCCAGGAACCUAAGGGAAUACACCCUUAUGGAGCUGCUUGUGAUGCACAUGGAAGAGCCUUGCUUUGACUUCCUGAGAACCAAGCAGACCCUCGGCUACCACGUGUACCCUACCUGCAGGAAUACUUCUGGGAUUCUUGGCUUCUCGGUCACAGUAGCAACCCAGGCAACCAAAUACAAUUCUGAAUUGGUUGACAAGAAAAUAGAGGAGUUUCUUUCUUGCUUUGAAGAGAAGAUCAAGCAUUUAACUGAAGAUGCUUUUAGCACCCAGGUUACAGCGUUGAUAAAACUUAAAGAAUGUGAAGACUCCCAUCUUGGAGAAGAAGUAGACAGGAACUGGAAUGAAGUCGUGACACAGCAGUAUCUCUUUGACAGGCUGGCCCGUGAGAUUGAAGCUCUGAAGUCUGUUACAAAAUCAGACCUGGUCACCUGGUUCCAAGCUCACAGAAGCAACAAGAAGAAAGUGCUCAGCGUACACGUGGUUGGAUAUGGAAAACAUGAAGGGGACGCAGAGGUUACAGCUGUCUCAGAAGUACAGAAUUCUUCAUCUGGUGAAAUACCUCAUCUUAUUUUCUUGCCCCCAUCAUCUUUGAUGACUAACGUUACUUCCAUCAAGGACAUCAAAGCUUACACAUCAACUCUGAAUGUUCUCCCUUACCAUAAAAUAUUAAAAUAAAAUCAACAUCUUGCCCUGCA